GUACCCUUGAAUAUAUAUGUUCUUCUCUAAUUCUAGUUGCAGCUGCUCCUUUCCGAGAAUCAUGGGGGCUGCUCAGAGCAUCAAGAAACGCCGCGUGGCCGAAUCGCCUUCGUCUUCUUCUUCUUCGUCGUCGUCUCCGUUCCGCAACCCUCGCCGACGAACGGAACUCAUAGACUCGUACGAGUCCGUGUGCCGGUCGGACGCGGACCUGAACGACUUCGACUCCGCCCUCCGGUCGAGAACCAACAAGGUGCUUCAUUCCCUUGCGGGGGGCGGGGUCGAGGUCAGGGCGGUGUCCUUCGACUCCCUUAAGGACGUCACGGAGUGCCUGCUCGACAUGGACCAACAGGUUGUGAGGGUAAUCUUGGAAUGCAAGAAGGACAUCUGGAGGAACCAGGAGCUUUUCGAGCUCGUCGAGGAGUACUUCGACAACAGUCUGAAGACGUUGGACUUCUGCGCCGAGCUCGAAAAGUGCCUGAAGCGGGCCCGCGACAGGCAGCUCCUGGUUCAGGUCGGGAUUAGUUCCGACCGGAACGAGGAAGCCCUGGAAGAGCUGAAGAGCUUCCGGGAAGCGGGGGACCCGUUCUCCGAGGAGUUCUUCCAGAUCUUCCACUCGGUGUACAGGCACCAAGUGUUGAUGCUGGAGAAGCUCCAGUCCAGGAAGAGGAACCUGGACAAGAGGCUGAAGCGAAUACGGUCCUGGAGAAAAGUCUCUGGGAUCAUAUUCGCAGCGGCUUUCGCCUCAGUGCUGAUAUGCUCGGUGGUGGCGGCGGCCGUGGCGGCCCCGCCAGUGGCGGGGGCGCUCGCGGCGGCUGCCUCCAUUCCGCUGGGGUCGAUGGGGAAGUGGGUCGACUCGCUCCUCGGGAACUACGAGAGCGCGGUGCAGUGGCAGAAGGAGACGGUGAGCGGGAUGCAGGCGGGGACGUUUGUGAGCAUCAAGGACCUAGACACUAUAAGGGUGCUGAUUGAUAGGGUGGAAGUAGAGAUGAAGUCGGAGGCGGAGAGGGUGGAUUUCGCCAUUAAUGGAGGCGGCGGCGGCGGCGGGGUGAAGGUGGCCAUUGAAGAGAUAAAGAAGAAGGUGGAUGUGUUGGGGAAGAAGAUUGAGGAGUUGGGGAAGCAGGCCGAUGUUUGUAGCAGGGAUAUUCGCAGGGCUAGGACGGUCAUUCUGCAAAGGAUCAUCAAACACCCGGCCAAACAAUGAUUGAUUAUUCUAUAUUUAUUUGUUAGUACUCCGUAUUAAAUUUAAAAAUGGUCCAUGAAUGCAUAUGUUGCAUGAAAUUUGUUAUUGAAUUUCAUGAAGAAGAAGGAUGUGUUUAAUUACUGUAAUAAAGAUGUACGUUAAAU